AUGAGCUUCACAACUCCAAGUGACAGGUUUCUCCAGCCGCCGAGCGGCGAAGAAUAUCAACCUGAAUACCGCGCUCCCUCUGCUUAUACACCGCUCCACGCCUUCCAAUUGCCCAAAGCGGAUUCGCGGCAAUACCAACAACAAUAUAGCGAUUUGUAUUUCUUGCGGUUGGCCAAGCUGAAGCCGGCGGCAGAGAAAGUUGGACGAGAGGCAUGGGAUGGAUUUACAAUUGCCGGAGAAAAGGCACGGAAAGUGGACAGAGUGCUGGAUGUGCGACAAGGAGCUUUGUGUUGGGUGACUGGUACAGUCUACAUGAACUUGCCGUUGAAACCUAACAUUCUCGACGAUGUAGCAAAAGACAACUACGCCGCUGCACCUCCACCCCGAAAAACCUAUCUCGAUCCCUCGAAUCCAGACCAGACGCAAGUGAUGCUAGAAGAUGAAUCAGGUCGUCUCAGAAUGACAGGCAGUAUGCUUCGAACGACGCAUCUGGUGACUGGUGUCAUCAUUGCAGUUUUGGGCACUGAAAACUCGAAUGGCGAUUUCGAAGUUAUUGAUAUCAAGGUCCCUGAUUUCCCACCACAGCCGUCGAGGUGGGAAAAGGCACCAACAGACAAGACAGAGAGCAAGAUAAAACGCAUCGACAAUAACAGCGGCAAAUCUUCGAAAAUAGCGUUCGUUAGCGGACUAGGCAUAACCGGGUCAUCGAGCGAUACCUUGACGUUAGAGCUAUUGACAGACUAUCUGCUUGGGUAUACAGAAACUGGCGAAGAAGACAACUCGCCAGCAAAUAUAUCUCGAUUAAUCAUUGCAGGUAACUCCUUGGGCAAUGUGGAAACGAUGGAUGCAGCAGCAGCCAUGAAUGGAGAUGCAGCUGCGAAGAAGAGAGCUCCAAAGAAAUACGGUUAUGACGCUUCCUCCUACAAUGCGUCACCCGUUACUCAACUUGACAACUUUCUUUCAGAACUACUUCCAAGUAUACCCGUAACGAUAAUGCCAGGAGAAACCGAUCCUGCGAAUUUCUCCUUACCACAGCAAGGGAUCCAUCGAGCAAUGCUGCCUCGGGCUAAAACAUACUGCUCUGACGGCCUACCUGGAGAUACAAGUGUAGAACCCGGCUGGUUUGACAACGUCACGAAUCCGUGGGAAGGGUACGUUGAUGGAUGGCGGCUAUGGGGAUGCAGUGGGCAGAACGUGGAUGAUGUCCUUCGGUAUCUAGAUUUCGCGGAUGAAAAUGGCAACACGGACGGCGAUAGUGCUAGGGAGACUAGUGUCCAGGUUAUGGAAGCUAUGCUUCGAUGGAGAUGUGCAGUACCUACAGCUCCUGACACGUUAUGGUGCUAUCCGUUCCAAACACAUGAUCCAUUCAUCCUCCAGGCCUGUCCACACCUCUUCUUCAUAGGAAACCAGCCCCAUUUCAAGACCGUCGUUGUGGAAAGCGAACCACCAUUCCGAUUAGAUGGACCGGAUACAGAGAUGAGCAAUUCAGCGGAUGAACCGCUAGCCACGCGUGUGCGCUUGGUUUCGAUCCCCAAGUUCCACGAAACGGGGGAGUUGAUUCUUGUGGAUUCGGAGACGUUGGAGGUAGAAGUAGUGAAGUUUCAGGUAUUUUCGGGGAAACAGGAAUCAAAAUAG